AUGAAACUGCAACUCUACCUCCUUCUGCUCACCGCAAUCGUUUUGGGUACCGCGAUGGACGGCGCCAGGGUGAACGCAGCAGACAGUAGACGUUCUCGUGUGGCGGAGCAGAUUCCAUUGAAUUUUAUUCGAGGCGGUGGUCGCUGGGGUGGCGGUGGUGGUCGUUGGGGUGGCGGCGGUGGUCGCAGGUGGUGAGCCCCAGUGUAGCUCCUGAGGCCCAUAGUAUUCACGUUUCCCCCUUCCUCUGUUGGACCUGCUAAAUGCUAUCGUUGUUUGAAUAAAUUUUGACAGAAAAAUUAUCACCUCUCCUGUUGCACAGACUCCUUCCGUCCUUGGCUUUUGUUUAAGACUGAAUGGGGCCCACUACUGAUGAUUACAAUUAUCGGUCUAUUCUGAGAAGGCCUUAGUUACUGGCCACGUACAGUUCGUGACCUAUCUGCUGAAAUGCCACGAACUGUGAACUUAAAUCGCUGCAGCGCACGAUACUGCCACUCCGCAUCCACGAAAGUUAUACUGCGUAAAAUCUACGACCGAGCUUCAAAACAAGGCAUAGUUUGGUUCAGAAAGCACUAUGUAUUGACUAAGAACUAACUUAUUUUAGGAAAAUUCACCAAAUCAAAAAUCGACUGUAUGGGAGGCCAACUAUUCAGAGUCUAAUAUAACUGUCAGCAGAGAAGUGAAAUUUCACACAACGACAAAAAAUUGAAAAGCAGUAACAAAUACAACGUGUUAGUACUUUGUUGAUUGUUCUUUAGCUUUUAAAGUUGCUGUAAGGCGGGAGGGCAUGUUGACUACCAAGUUGUCUAUGGUGGUUUGGCCUAUGUAAUUAAUAAGCAAAAAUACCAACUGCUGUCCCAUAGAAAUAUGUUUCCUUGCCUUGUCCCCAUUUCUUCCGAUUGGUGCAAAGAGAUUUUCGAUAGGAUUUAGGUCCGAGCAGUUGGCGGGGAUAAAAAUGCUUCGAAGGCCGCAGACAAAGAGGCUGGCUGUGGUCUAAAAUAUUAUAUUAUAGUCGUAAGCUCAAUUAGAAACAUAUCUCCUUUGAGCGGUGGACAGGGGCAUUAUUCUGCAUUAUUACAGUGUCCAUUCGACGUCUAUGAAUGCCGUUGUAACCGAAGGCAUCCUUUACGAUGCCGAUGAACUCCUUGCUAUUUAUCGUCUUCGCUGUUGAACGCCGGACCGGUCGCUCUCCGAAUUUGAUGGCCACCUAAACCAUCAGGCGUCGACAGUUCUUGAAAGUUGGCGUCGGCAUAGUGUGCUCUCGUUGAAAGUUCCUCUCACAUAUGACCACCUGGGCCAACUUCGGAGGCUUGUCUAAAAAUAAGAUCUCAUCACAAAAGUAAAUGCUCUUCCAGAAGGAAAGUCUGUGAUCAAUAUAUUUUUGAGCAAACAAAAAACGUUCUCUAAUAAGUUCUCUACUUAAGAAUGGCUUUGUCAUGGCGUUUUGCUGACGGAGACCGAAUUCUUUCAUUCUUUUUUCAAAUUAUAUGCAAAAAAACAUUGACAGGUGUUCCCUGUAAAUAGCCUUAAGGGGCAUAUAAUGAUAUGUUUGCGUAUAAUGGCAGCCAGCAGAAACCAUUUCUUGCAAGUGGCCAGUCGUCUAGUUUGGUUUGUACACACUUGACACGAGUACGAAUCCCAUAUGAUCCCUGGUGUGUGGUUGACUAAGGACAGGACUACGGACAGGGGAAAUAAGACCAGUCCCGUAUGUAAUUCAUCUAUCAGACUAGAUCGUUGAACGCCUCUACCAUGUGAUGGGUGCAAGAGCACUUGUUUUUUUUCAAAAAAUACCACGAGACACUGUGACACCCUGGCACAAGCCCCGUCAUGCCCUAAAUUUCCCUACAGCGGCAAAUAUAUUAGGUUCCGGUGAGUACAGUGCAAUAGGAGAGAAGGGGAUUCUAGGUCCUCGCAUCGGAAGAAUGCCAUUUUCGCCAGUGCUCUUCCAAUGAGAAUUGGCAGGAAAAUCAAGUUCUUGACAGAAUGCCUUUAGUCAGGCUCGUUUGAUAGGAUAGGUUUGGGCUACUUUGGGUAAACAGACGAUUUGUGAGCAUGCCAGGAUGCGCUGAUGAGUGCUUGAUUGCUGGUCAUUGAAACAUCUGAUUGUUACAAGCAUACGAAUAGCAGCAGAGGUCUGUGGUAGAAUGGAAGGUCAAAGGGUUCGACUGGUUGAAAUGUCAUCUGUGAAUUUGCGGACUGUCAGAAAGCGGCGCAGCAGUUUUAAAGCCCGUCGAUUUUCGGCUCUGUUCAAAACAUAUAAUUUCGCUUUUUGUAACCAACUCAAGGCAAUAAGUGGCCGGAGAUUGAUAAGAGUUUUAAUCCCUUUCCCAGGGCCUAAAACUACCUCCGCACAAGAUAACGACGAGUGUUGUUGGUCCUUCAAGAUAGAUAGGAAUGAUAGCGUCGAAAAUUUACGCAAUAAGGCUUCUUGUUUCAUAGAACCUAUCUUAUUUCAAUAUAUACAUGCGUGUAAUGUAUGUAUGAAACGUAUUAUACCGUAUAUGUAUGUAGAUAAGUUGGUACCGACAAAGACAAGGGAGACCGGAGUGGAUAUGUCUGGCUUAUUCGCCGCCGUCGGUACCACUUUUUCUACAUACAUAUAUGGUUAAUGGCUAUGCGAAUGCCUGUAAGAGUUCUAGUUUGAGCCCUAAGGCACAUCGGGAGAAGCAUGUUACGUAACCUGAUCGGUGAGCGCCCAUCUACCAUAUACACACACAUAUAUAUGUGUACUUCGGCAGUAGACAACAGAGUUUUGGGGUAGAUUGGUACAGUGUUGUUUUGGGCUCAUUUGCCUUCAUCCGGCCAGUCGUAACCCUGACAUCCGACUGCGACAGCAAACACAAACAUGUGCGCAUACAUAUGCGACAGAUGGUCCACCACCACCGUCAUAAGUAGUUUAUUCAGUUGACAUUCAUUAUUGCCUCACCUCGCUAAAAAUAAAGUAUUCCAUCAUUCAUAAAUGGUCACACACCGUCUCGUUGGCUUCUCGAAUCAAACCGCCUGGAUAUAUAUAUAUAUAUAUAUGCAUUGGGAAGAUGGAAUUCUUUGGGAAACAGGAAACUUUAUUGUGAGAAUUUUCGAGAGUAGUUCUACAGCUGGUCUUCAGACAACGCGGCAUUUCCUUAUUGGACAGGCGCCAACAAUGUGAGUGUUUUCCCAUGCAAAUUUGCGCCCAGUGUCCAGUGUGUGAAUGGCCACCUGGGAUAGAUGGUCGAGUCUCUUUACCGCUAACUGAUGUUCAGGUAUACGGGUUGAGACAGAUUUCCCAGUCUGGCCACAAAAGACGGCAUCACAACUAGAACCUGGGAUUUCGUAGACAAAUAAACAAGUACACGAUACGCGCAGCACACCAGCCGGCAACUACCAUACGCACACAGAUUGUACACCCUAAGGACAGGGUUGGCUACCUCGAAAGAAAAUGCGUUGUCUAGUGGCUGGUAUUCAAGGCCUUCUCAGAAUAGACUGAUAUGUUUAUUCACCAGUAGUGGGCCCUUUUCUGUCUUAAACAAAAUUCAAAGGCGGAAGAAGUCAAUGCAAGAGGACAGUACAUAUUUUAGUCAAAAUUUAUUCAAACUACGAUAGCAUUUAGCAGAUCCAACGGAGAGAGAGGGAGAAGUAAAUACUAUGGGCCUCAGAGGCUACAUCGUGGGUCGCAUUAAAUUCACCACCUGCGACCACCGCCGCCACCCCAGCGACCACCACCACCACCCCAGCGACCACCACCUCGAACACCAGUCAAUGGGAUCUCCUCCUCCACAUGAGAGUGUUC